CACAUCUAUUUAAUCGUGUUUAAAUAUUAAGGUCACUGUCAUUUAAAACUCCUAGGGUUUCUUCCUCUGUAUCUCUGUUUCACAAAAUUCGCCAUCACCAUGGGAAGGAGACCUGCUAGAUGUUACCGCCAGAUCAAGAAUAAGCCAUACCCAAAAUCACGCUAUUGUCGUGGUGUUCCCGACCCCAAAAUCAGAAUUUACGAUGUUGGGAUGAAGAAGAAAGGAGUUGAUGAGUUCCCCUUCUGUGUGCAUUUGGUGUCGUGGGAGAAGGAGAAUGUCUCCAGUGAAGCGCUUGAAGCUGCACGUAUUGCAUGCAACAAGUAUAUGACCAAGUUUGCCGGAAAAGAUGCUUUCCAUUUGAGGGUUAGGGUGCAUCCUUUCCAUGUCUUGCGUAUCAAUAAGAUGCUUUCAUGUGCCGGAGCGGAUAGGCUGCAAACUGGCAUGAGGGGUGCUUUUGGAAAACCUCAGGGUGUUUGUGCUAGAGUGGCCAUCGGUCAGGUACUUCUGUCUGUUCGUUGCAAGGAUGGCAACAGUCAUCAUGCUCAAGAGGCCCUUCGUCGUGCUAAGUUUAAGUUCCCUGGUCGCCAAAAGAUCAUUGUCAGCAGGAAGUGGGGGUUCACCAAGUUUAACCGAACUGACUACGUGAGGUUGAAGGCAGAGAAUCGCAUCAUGUUCGACGGUGUCAACGGGAAGCUUCUUGGAUGUCAUGGACCGUUGGCCAACCGGCAGCCUGGAAGAGCAUUUUUGACGGCAGCGGUUUGAGGGCAUUGAUGGUAUUGUCUGGCAAGUUUUGUUUGACUUUGCAGUUUAGGGAUAGGAUAUUUUUUGACGGCAUACAUUGUUUCUAAUUUUAAGCAACCUGUGAGAGGCUCUACAUUAUAAUCAAAAGGUAAUAGUUUAAAAAGAAAUUGUGGUUCA